AUGGAAGUGGGACGCUUUGGGGAACGAAGAAAUGACAAUCUUGAGUUGAACCCUUUGUUUGUGCAACCAUCUAUCGAAAGCUGUGCUGUUCGAAAUGUCAAUCUGAAUGCAGAAUAUAAUGAGCAUCUUGGGAAUAUGAAUCAGUUCAUGGGUCAUCCUGGACUCGGGUUUGGGCUUUCACCAGAAAGCAGUGUUAGAGCGGAUACCUCUGUAGAUGGUCGUCGUGCAUCCUGUAAAAGAAAAGCUCUUGAUGGGAGCAUUGGUCAGCCCUCUUCAAACAGAGGUUUUCGUGACUUCCAGCGUGGAGAGAGCAGUUCGAGGGUCCCAGCCCCUGCGCUUUAUAACCCAGUAAAUGAUUUGAACAUAUCUCUUGACCAUGAUCCAAGGGGAUUGGUCUCAGGCGCUGUUCCAAAUCUGUCUACUCCUUCCAUCACAGAGAGCUCCAGUAGAAACUUCUCUGUCAGGGUUCCUACAAAUCAGCAAGAAAUUGUAAAUCCAGCUGUCUUUUCUGUGGGAAGUGUUAUCAGGCGACCGGUUGCUCCAUCCUUUAGCACACCAGGACUUCUACCAGCAGAUCAACAUCCGAUCGACUUGGAAUAUGGAAAUGCUUUAGGCAGUUUUGGUUCUCAAAACCCAAAUGCUUCUGCUACUCGUAUGCCCCCUGUUUCAAGAACUAUGGUACCACCAUUUCAAUGGAGUGCGAGCCCAGCAGAAGCGGGUGGGUCAUCGAGUUCCGCUGCUUCCGUUGACAGAAGUGUCAUUCAUCGAGAUGAAACCAGUUCCAGAAGCAACAAUCUGGAGAGUCCCUUUUUUGUCCCAUCUCCUGGACUGGGAAAUCUGCCCCACUGUAAUAUUAUAAGAAAUCCAAUUGGUGCUAGACAUGUUGGAUCGUCUUCAUCCAGGACAACUGUUCAGCCAUCACCCUCUAAUCCACCAGGGACUCUUUACCAGAAUAACUCGCCACAUAAUCAGAGAUUAUCUGAACAUUUUCGUAACUCAUUGCUUUCUUCCCUUGCUACAAACUAG